CAAGUGAUCAGAGCAACAGAUAACGAGGACAUACCCACGAAAAACUCACUUUCAAACGUAGGUUGAACUAGACAGAUGAGAGAACGAUGCAUAAAGAAGACAUAGAAGGAGAGACAGCGUGAGUCUGUCAGCAGUUUCCUGUAGAGAGAGUUACCUUAAAGCUACAGCUAUAGAGAGGCAGUCAGGAACUGAGAGAGAAGUGGAGGAGCCGGUAAAGCGCCGCAGCACCGUAGUGUCCUGAUGGAGCCUGGUCCUGGCAGCAGCGCAGACACACAGCCACCAGCCCUGCCUGUCAAACAGCGCAGGAGUCAGUGGUCCAGAGAAUCCAGUUUGGACUCUGACUGUGUCAUGCUCAGCCCUGUUGGGUCCCAGCACCAACACUACGCCCACAAUGAUGUGUUUUCUGAGCCCACCGACUGUCAUGCAGCUCAGUGCCCCAUACACCAGCGCUACGAUCAUUCCCGCCACCAGGAGAGGUUUUUCUCGGAUGGCACUCCACCACCUGUCCCGAAGAAGAGGCUCGUUCGUGCCCUGUCCCUCCCCAGUGCCGAUAUACCUCCACCCUCUCCUCUGUUCCCUGUGUUCCACAGUCACCAUCAAAACUUUGACAACCCCCUGUACAUGCUAGCACCCAUACCUGACAUCCAAUCCCAUGCAGAGAGAGAGGAUCCACUCAAAAAGAGUCCCGUCCCCACACUGUCCCUCUCUCAGCUGUCCUUUGACACCCCUGAUGAACACCUCCCGUAUCUCUUCAGCAGUUUUGGUGACCAGGGGGUCGUCUCCCAGGGAAUUCAGCACUGCCACCUGCUCUUUCUCAGAAGUAUGGCAGAGAGCGUGGAGGCUGGCGUUCUGCUGCAGGGAGAGAGUGAGAGGAAUGCUGGUUCAUAUCAACCCAAGGAUUUCCUGCUGAGUGAAGGCUUCAAGGCCAAGCAGAUUGGAAAUGCACUUUACUACAGGCUGCACAGCCCCAAGUUUCCAAAGAGGGUGCUUGGUGUACGGGUACACAAAUGGAUAAAUGGAGCUCCGCCAGCUCACGCCAGCCACCAGCCAUCACAUGUCAACGUCCAGGAAGUCAUUGUUCAUUUCCCAACUGAUAUCACCCUGAAGAAUGAUUGCAACAUGUUCAAACAAGACCCCAUGGCGGCCUCUCCUCCUUCGCCAUUAGAUUGCACUGCUGCAAAGCUGCCAUGUGGAGGCAGCGCUGAGUUUGCCAAAACCCAGCCUGACUGUGAGAACAGCAACGUGCCUACAGUUCUUUCUUUACUUCAGAUGGGACACGCAGUGAGCAUCGAAAGAGACCUGCCACACAUUACUCUAGAAGACUUUAUUCAGGACAGCCAGUCACUGCAGAGCGCCGAGGCCUCGCUGUAUGAGCGACAGGUGUGUGUUCUGUUCUUACAGAUAGUGAAGGGGUUGCAGCACAUGUGCAACAGCGGGGCCACUGUUGUUGAGCUCAGGCCUCAGGAUAUCUUCCUGGUGUGGCCCAGAAAGGAGAGAGGGGAGAAGACAGAGGGGGAAAUCAUGACUGAGCUGGAGCAGGAUGCUUCUGAAAGAGGAGAGAUGGAGAGAGGUGUCACAAAAAGUAAAACAGAAAUGGAGUGGGAAAAGGUGGGGUGGAAAAAAGAGAGGGUCCAGAUGUUGUGGAGAGCGUGGGGCGCCCCUCGUGUUGUGUUAACCAGUCAGCCCACUUAUGUUUCUGUACCUCAUCCUUCAGCAUCCAUAAAAUCCCAGAUUGGGGCCUUACUCAAGCGCUGUCUCCACCCGCAAGACAGCCUGGCUUCUCUCACAGAGGGCUCCGCUGCAGCUCUCGCCAAGUCCCCACACACAAGGGGACUGCUUUAUCUCACGUCUUGGUUCCAGAGUGAGACCAGCGGGCUCCAGAUGGCAGACAUGGUAGCUGUCCUGCAGGCCCUUCUCUGGGGUCCCCACGCACCACUCUUCAACUCAAAUUACAAAGACUCCAGCAUCACCACCAUUAUCCACAACUGGCUGUCAAUCAAGCGUGCCCUGCUGGUGAUGAAGCUGGCAGAGAGAGGGCUGAUCCAGGAUCGAUCUGUUCUUGACUGGGAGGACUGUCUGUGCCUGCAGUACCUGUCAUUUACUGACUCUGAAACAGUCCUGAGAGCCGCCAAUCGGCUCGGACUCACUGAAAAUGAAGGCUGAGUCCCCAGCUGUUUUAAUUCUGGCGUGUAAAACUCAAUUUCAGUGAGCCCAGUUUAAAAUGUCCAUGAAUGACCAACCUAAACAUUACCAGCAAUUUUACAUGGUAAGCCUUAUAUCUGCAAAAUGUAUAAACAUUUCUUACAUUUCUGCUAAUCUUUUCUCAA